AUGUCGCUAGCUUUAAGUAUUCAUUUUCUUUUUAUUAACUACGCUUUAGUAGCUCUGGCUGAUGAUGAUAAAUUUCUCACAAGUCCACCAGAGUACAUCAGAGAAUGCCAAAUAGCUGAGAAAAAUUUUACUGACUGUUCCACGCACAGCAUACAGCAGCUCUUCGACAAGUUAAAUGACGGCAUACCUGGCUUGAACAGCAUCAAAAGCUUCGAUCCAUUCUACCUAAACCGGAUACGUAUUACACAAGGCAACAGCAAUGCGAUCAACUUGAAAGUCGAGUUGGCCAACGUGAAAAUCAAUGGAUUUGGACAUACAAAUGUUUUGGAGAGUAUCGUUUAUCCCAAAGACUACAGCUGGAAGACCACUUUUAUGCUGCCCGAGAUGAAAUUACAGGGUGACUACAGUCUCAACGGUCGCAUUUUGCUAAUACCAUUAAAUGGGCAUGGCGAAGUUUUCUUAGAAGCAGAAAACAUGACCGUCGUUAUGAACUCAAAGACCCGGCUCUAUGAGAAGGGCGGCUUCACCUUCUACAACGUGACGAAUUGUCGUGUGGACUUUAAAAUUGAUGGCUUGAAGUCAUAUUUUUCCAAUCUCUUCAAUGGCAACAAGCAGUUGGAGGAUAGCACAAAUAAAUUCUUCAAUGACAACUGGCGUAUGCUAGCCGAUGCGCUUUACUCCGUCAUCACGCAGACGAUUGAGGAUAUUUUGUUGGAUGUGUUGAAGAAAAUCUUCCAUUAUAUACCAGCCAACUUCUUUAUCAGCGAUAUACCAACACCAAAGCAGUUAUAUGGCAGCAAAGUAACAGCGACGAAUGCCAAGCGACCUUAG